AUGGUUUUUGUUGUCAACACAGUCACGGUAGUUUCAUUGCUAGCUACCGCCAUUAUAGCUUUGAUAGCCCUAGGAUGUGGCCAUGUUCUACUAGGUAGGCGGUUACCAACUGUGGAGAAAUGGGUUGUGUCUUGGCUGGUCUUCGACGCCCUCAUUCAUUUCCUUCUGGAAGGCCCCUUUGUUGCGCUGUCACUUGUGGGCACUGUCAACUCCUCAACUUCAGACCUUGCCUUGCUUUGGAAAGAGUAUGGGAAAGCAGAUUCAAGAUGGUUGGUGUCAGAUCCAACAGUUGUCUCCCUGGAGAUUCUCACUGUUGUUGUUGAUGGCAUCCUGUGCCUAGUAACAAUUGUAGGGAUUGUCACCGACGGCUUUUACCGCCACUACGCUCAACUGGUACUCUGUGUCUGUGAGUUGUAUGGAGGAUGGAUGACAUUCUGUCCUGAAUGGCUGACUGGCAGUCCCAACCUGGACACCAGUAACUACAUGUACCUGUGGGUAUACCUGGUCUUCUUCAAUGGACUUUGGGUUGUUAUCCCGCUGCUGCUCAUGUACCAAACCUGGCUGGACAUGAAGGCAACCAAGCUGGCUUUGCAGGAGAAGGUGAAACUCGCUGCUGGGGGCAAGGGAAGAAAGAAUAAAUGA